GCGAAGCGCCAGUUCUCUCCCGUCCAUCGACGUGGCCGCACCGUGACUCGUGGAUGUUCGAGAGAGACAGACAGAGACAGACGAUAACACGUAGAGAAAAAAAAAUUUAGAUCGGGGACGGCCGAGGAAAAAGGGAGAGGAAGAGAGAGAAAGACGAAGAAGAGACGGUGCGGAGAGUUAGAAACCACACACGGAUUCGCGUGGACCAUCGAGAGCAGAGCACUCGGGGGAAGUCGAAGGAUUUGCAUCGAGGAAACGGUACUGAAAUAAUCAGACGCGUGUCCUUCCGAGGGGGUGAGGCCGAUCGCGUGACAUAGUCCCAGCAACGUGUAAACGACUGCGUUUCGUGGAUACCGCGGAUAAAAGCGAACGAACGCGCGCACGGUGUCCGGUGCACCACGCCACGUGACGGAUCGCCGCUGAACAACAACAUUUUUCGGGCAGUGUGUGUCGAACAAGAUCGGACGUUCUCGCGAGAAACUCGUUCGGUUAUUUGCUCGUCGAAUAUCGAUGAACGAAGGUUAUGGUGUGUAACGUGUGAAAAAGGACUCGAGGACAAUCGAGAAACAAGGUUUAAGUUUGUGGUGUACCGAGGCACCGGUUAGCCCGCUCGUGUGGAUAUCAUCUGACUACAAAGGAGUUGGAAAGCUACCUCUUGGCACGGUAAACCGAUAUCUGGAGCAGGUCGAUCGACUUCAUUAACAAACGAGUGCCAAGCAAAUAUUGACUCUACUCGUGGAAACUAGGGUACGAGGUGUGCGCGUGUGUACAUACACGAGCCAGCCGCUUCUCCUCGAAGCGUUUUGCCUUUGUACAACAUCCGCCGGGACCAAUGAGACGUCGAUGGGCAGAUUAUGGAGUCGGUCUUGUUGCUUCUCUCGAUGCGGCGCACUGGCCUCGAGUAUUUUUGCAUAUAAAUGCGCGGGAACGCUCCUUGGCUGGUAGUUCGCGCGUUAUCUGAUGCUUCGUGCCCGUGAUAAGCGUCUCUUCGCCGAUGUGGAGCUCGAGACCGCUCCGAGCACUGAUGAAUCAAGUGUGCAAGGUCUGUGGCGAGCCGGCCGCCGGUUUUCAUUUCGGAGCGUUCACCUGCGAGGGGUGCAAGUCGUUCUUCGGGCGCACCUAUAACAACCUGGGCAGCAUCUCCGAGUGCAAGAAUGGCGGCGUGUGCGUGAUCAACAAGAAGAAUCGUACAUCGUGCAAGGCGUGUCGCCUACGAAAGUGUCUCGUGGUCGGGAUGUCAAAGUCAGGCUCGCGGUAUGGUCGUCGUUCGAACUGGUUCAAGAUUCACUGUCUCCUCCAAGAACAAACGAACGGAAAUCAAAAUAUGACUCCAGGAGCAGUUUCGCCGUUCGGACCAAGCUUUCUACCAGGAUUCCUUCCUCAGGCUCAAGGACCUCAAAGCGGGGUAUUCAAAGAUGGAACGGAUCGUGCUUCACCUAGUCAGGAAGAUUUAGCCCUCCAAUCGCAUCUGUUGCACGUGGCGAUGCUGAAGCAGGAACAAGAAAGGGGAAGCAAGUCUCCCCACCCGGAUGACGUAGCUCUUCAAAACCAACUUCGUCUGUUAGCCUGGCAAAGGGAGCGUGAAAGAGUCGGUGAAAGUUCUCAACAACCUCCGAGUACGCCACCUAGUACAACACCUCCGCCGUUUUACAGACAACAACAACAACAACAACAACAGCAACGACUUCCAGGCUCUCCGAUUUUCCCAAUGAACUUCGCUCAAAGAGACAGCGUUUGUGUGCCUAGCAGUCCAUCGGACGUCUUCAGACCGUACCUUCGAACUUAUAAAAGGACAACAGACACACCAAGCGAUAGUGGAGCGUCCUCGGUGGAUGGCGCUGAUGGUCAAGACAUCGAAUCAAGGAGUAAUUCAGCAUUGAGUUACUUCAAAACCAGCGCUGAAUCACCGACCUUGUCCGAAAGAGAUUUUCCACCUAGAAAAAUCAAUGCUACGGUUACAUUGACGACAGGAUACCAUCCUCAUCAAGGUCUAGGCCUAGUGUAUCCUCCACCUGGUUUAGUCACGCCAUCAACGUCUCAACUUUCGCCCAGAGGCGGCGACCUGCUUCUGGUCAGUCCCAGUCCAGGUGGUCUAGCUGUGGAGCAAGACGAACCGAUAGAUCUUAGUGUCAGAUCGAGCAGAAGCACUCCGGGACCCAGUCAGUCGUCAGAAGAGGCUAGUAGAUUAAACGAUAACACUAGUGAUCCCGAUAGCCCUGCGAAAGAGGAAGCCACGACGAAGAGCAAACCCUUGGAUCUAACGUUAGGUGUGAAGAGGCCAGAGUUACCUAUAUCGCUAUGAAGCUUCCGACGGUUCGAUAGACCUACGACGCCUGGCCUUGUUUAGUUCUUAUUGGCGCACCCUAAAUUCCGUUGAGUUCUCGCUGGAAGAAUCGAACGGCCUAGUCACUCAGUUGGUCUGUCUGAAAACAGGAAAAUCGAUGUUGUAUGAUAAUGAUGGAUUCGAGAAUGGAGAAAUGGAUAUUUGAGGAAAUUAGACGAAAUGCGAGAAGGCGAUGAAAUUGUAUAACUGAUUAUUAGGAGAAAGUCAGGUUUCGCUAAGGAACUGCAAUGGAAUGCCGAUAACACACCACAAAAAUGUGUUCAAAUUUGUACAUAGAUCACGGCCCGACAAGAGAUUAAUUUAUUACGACCGAGGACAUUAUCAUUGAUUUGUGUAUCGAUAUUCAAUUCUUUGUGUUAAGGCGCGAAAGUUGUAUCAAAUAUAACUAACUGUAUAAAAAGGAUCGGAGUAUCGUGGAUAUACCGGCCAGUAGUGGAGUGCCUUAAUAUAAUAUAUUUAUAUUUUAAAUAUUCUAUAUUGUAUAUGUAAAUGUAUAGAACAAACCGCUUUAAGAUCUUAUCUUCGUUCUACGCACGAUUCAUCGUUGUAAAUUGUAUUCUUCUUCGUGGUUGUGAAUGGUUUGCAUAGUGAAGAGUGUGUAGGCGAGGAGAGACAGAGUACGAGGAAGAGAGGGAGAGAAAGAGAGAGGGGGGGGAGAGAAAGGGAGAGAGAAAGAGAGAGAAAGGCAGAGAAGAAGACGAUUGGUAACGAUCGCAUCCGCGACCCUGUCACAACGAAAGGCCAGUUAAUAAAAAUGAACCAGAGAAAUGACGUCACGUCGGUGCAUAAAACAAUGAGCAUCUUGUAAAUAAGCAAAAGGAAGGUGGGGGAAGGAAUACAAAAUAAUACGUGCGUUUAAAUCUAGAGAGGGGAGACUCGGCUACGAUUGAGAGUACGCUUCUGCUAUGCUUCAGCUUGAUGUACGAAUCUCUCGAUUCGCUUAACGGACCACAACGUUUUUAUAUUCUGACGUUCUCUCCUCCUGAUUCUCCUUAUCAGUUUAUUUCUUUUAUUUUGUACAUAAUAGCAUGUAAACGGUGAACAUGAGCGGCCAGUACCUAAACUUAACGCGAAAUUAAAUAUUUUUUUGUUUAAUCCCUA